AAUGAUACUACAUAUUAGGAUACCCUUUGAAUUAUGAAUAAAAUACCUGACAAUAAAAUUAAUUAUAAUUAUGAUAAAAAAGUUACAAAUCAAAACAAAAGUGUUACCCACAACACGGACAGCGAAAAUGAACAAAAAACCAAAUACGCGAUCAAGUAAAUGUAUUUAUAUAAAGUGCGUCGAAUGGAUCCGAGGAAACAACAGCACUAUGCUCACUCUGCGGCGGUUGUCUGUGCUCGUGCUCGUGGUAGUGGUGGCGUGCGCGCGCGCACGGCCCGGCGACAACGAUGUAGUGCAACACGAUAAGAAAGACAAGUCACAAGAACUGAAAGUUUUAGUAAACAGUGAACCAACGGAAAAUAAUGAAGUCCCACCAUUAGAUAAACCCAUUAAUGAGAAGUAUCCACAUGCAGUCCUGUAUGGAGGCACCUGCGGAGGAUCCAUCAUCAGCCCUAAUUGGAUUCUUACAGCAGGACACUGUACCCUGUUCACCAGCGGUCGGUAUAUUCUGGCGGGAACCAACAACUCUGAAAACGAGAGUGGAGUGCUGCACAGGGUGAAGAGGCUCGUAAUUCACCCCUUAUUCACCGUUGGACCGUAUUGGCUCGAUUCAGAACAGUUCAAUAUAAAGCAGGUGGCAGCAAGAUGGGACUUUUUAUUAGCAGAGUUAGAAACACCUCUAACUUUGGACAACAAAACCAUAGCUGCCAUACCACUUGAAGACAAACUGUCGACUCCCGUAGGACUCGAUGUGGGUUACGCGGGAUAUGGAACAGAUCAUCACGGGGGAACCAUGAGCCAUAAUAUGCAUGGCAUGGAACUGUCCGUUCAGGGAGACGAUGUCUGCGCCAAGUUAGAGCAGUACCGACCAAAAGACAUGCUUUGUACGAAAGGACGACCACCCAGAUUCGACUCAGCGUGCAAUGGUGACAGUGGAAGUGGACUCGUCGGUGUUGGCAAAUUGCUCGGCGUCGCGUCGUGGGUCGAGAACGACUCCUUUGAAUGCCGCAACGGAAACCUGGUUGUAUUCUCAAGAGUAGCAAGCGUUAGAGAUUGGAUAAGAAAAGUCACCAACAUAUAAUAUGUUGAUCAGAUGUUGACUUGGACGGCCGGAGUAGGGUUUCAUGAAGUCAGCAGUUACCGCCUACUGAAUCACAACCACAGUUCUUGUAAUAGGGUGUAUAAGAACACUGUGAUGACAAGUUACUAUAGGUCUCUAGUAAAAGUGCAAUACGAAACAAAUAGCUCCUGAUUAUUGAUGAACCCACGAAAAUAGAUUUUACUUACUAUUGUACAAAACACCUUAUUAUGUAGAGAUCAACAUUUUUUUGUAAAUGAAUUUUACUUGUAAACAGUAUAGUAAACCCUUCCUUAUCCGUUAAAACCUAUAUUAACUAUUAAUGUUUUGUUGCCUUCUUUCAAACGAAAAAAAUAGCUCAAAAGAAAAGGACAAAACAGUUAUAAUAGGUUUAUUAGACAUUUAAAUUGUAUGAAUAAGACGGUAAAUAGAUAAACAUAAAC